AUGUCGUUCACCGAUAACGGUUUGGGAUCGUUGAAAUCUCAUAUCAGGAGAACUCUACGAUCGAUUCACAACCUCCCCUAUUUUAGGUUCACGAGAGGCCCUACUGAAAGGGCUGAUAUGAGCAGAGCCCUAAAGGAAUUUAUCUAUAGAUAUUUGUAUUUUAUCAUUUCCAAUGAUGGUGAAAACUUAUCAACUUUAUUUACUGCUCAUCCCAAGCAAAAGUCAAGUAAUCAGGAACUUGCUGUUUUCCCCGAAAGUUUAGAAGAUGCCCUCGACGUUGACAAGAUAACAUCUCAAGGGACCUUUCCCUUUUACAAGAUAGACGAAUCUAAAAUAGGUGAUGUCCACAAACAUACUGGCAGGAACUGUGGGAGAAAAUUUAAGAUUGGAGAACCUCUGUAUAGAUGCCAUGAAUGUGGCUGUGAUGACACUUGUGUGCUUUGCAUCCAUUGUUUCAAUCCAAAGGACCAUAUAAAUCAUCAUGUUUGUACCGAUAUCUGUUCUGAAUUUACUAGCGGAAUUUGUGACUGUGGGGAUGAGGAAGCUUGGAAUUCUUCGCUCCAUUGUAAAGCUGAAGAACAAGGAAACGAUACAUCGGAAGACCCAAGUAAUUUUGACAGUACAAAGCAAAAAGAUGUAUGGAAUGAUCCAGAAUGUAUUGCCCUAGUAGAACUGGUUCUUUCCGAAGUAUUCGACUAUUUCAUUGACGUUUUUAAUCAAAAUAUUGAACCUCUGCCCACAAUUCAAAAGGACAUCACCAUCAAACUAAGAGAAAUGACUCAACAAGGUAAGAUGUAUGAAAGAGCUCAGUUUUUAAAUGAUUUGAAAUAUGAGAAUGAUUAUAUGUUCGAUGGAACCACAACGGCAAAGACAAGCCCUUCGAAUAGCCCUGAAGCAUCCCCAUCGCUCGCAAAAAUUGAUCCUGAAAACUACACCGUAAUAAUCUACAACGACGAAUACCAUAACUAUUCUCAAGCCACAACGGCAUUGAGGCAAGGUGUACCUGAUAAUGUCCAUAUCGACUUGUUAACCUCCAGAAUUGAUGGAGAAGGUCGUGCAAUGUUAAAAUGUUCGCAAGACUUAUCGUCUGUAUUAGGCGGAUUUUUCGCUGUGCAAACAAACGGGUUGAGUGCUACUUUAACAUCAUGGUCAGAAUACCUUCAUCAGGAAGCCUGUAAGUACAUCAUUCUUUGGAUCACACACUGCUUAAAUAUACCAAACCCUUCCUUUCAAAUUACUUUUAGAAACAUGAUGGGCAAGUCGCUCUGUUCGGAAUAUUUAAAUGCUACGGAAUCCCGUGAUAUGACACCCGUGGUAGAGAAAUAUUUCAGUACAAAAUUUGAUAAGGAUGACCCAUAUAGAUAUAUCGAUUUAUCUGUCCUUGCCGAGGGCAACCAAAUUCCUUUGGGUCACCAUAAAGUUUUACCUGAAUCAAGUACCCAUUCUCUUUCCACACUAAUAAAUGACGUAGAAAAUCUAACAUCAAAGGAAUACUCUAACACAAGAUUACAGCAUAUUUUGUAUUUUGAUAAUAGGUAUUGGAAAAGACUAAGAAAAGAUAUUCAAAAUGUAAUUAUACCUACGUUAGCGUCAUCAACUUUAUACAAGCCAAUUUUUUGUCAACAAGUGGUAGAAAUAUUCAAUCAUAUCACAAGAUCAGUGGCAUAUAUGGAUAGAGAACCUCAACUAACAGCCAUAAGAGAAUGUGUAGUUCAGCUUUUUACAUGCCCCACGAACGCCAGGAAUAUCUUUGAAAACCAAAGUUUCCUAGAUAUUCUCUGGUCAAUCAUCGAUAUCUUCAAGGAAUUUUGCAAAGUAGAGGCCGGUGUUUUGAUUUGGCAAAGAGUUCAGAAAAGUAACCUGACAAAGAGUUAUAGUCUAUCAUUCAAACAGGGUUUGUAUACAGUGGAAACUUUAUUAAGUAAGGUAAAUGAUCCUAAUAUUACAAUAAGACCGAAGGUAUUUAUAUCACUGCUGACUCUUGGUAAGCUCUUCAACGGGGCUUGGAAGAUCAAACGCAAGGAAGGUGAACAUGUUCUUCAUGAAGAUCAAAACUUUAUCUCUUACUUGGAAUACACUACUUCUAUUUAUAGUAUUAUCCAAACUGCCGAAAAAGUCCUUGAAAAAUCACAUGAUUCCCUUGAUUUAAAUCUAGUUUUGAAUGCUAUUAGAAUAGUCAGCUCGUUUUUGGGUAAUAGGUCGUUGACUUAUAAAUUAAUAUAUGAUUCACAUGAGAUUAUCAAGUUUAGCGUUAGCCAUGAGAGAGUUGCAUUUAUGAAUCCGAUACAAACAAUGCUUUCAUUCCUUAUUGAAAAAGUUUCCUUAAAAGAUGCAUACGAAUCUUUAGAGAAUUGUCCAGAUUUCUUGAAAAUCGCAGAUUUCUCUUUAAGAUCCGUUGUUUUAUGCUCUCAAAUUGACGUUGGGUUCUGGGUCAGAAAUGGUAUGUCUGUUUUACAUCAAGCAUCAUAUUAUAAAAAUAAUCCUGAGUUGGGCUCCUAUUCCAGAGAUAUACAUUUGAACCAGUUGGCUAUUAUCUGGGAGCGCGAUGAUCUUCCAAGAGUGAUAUAUAACAUUCUCGAUAGAUGGGAGUUACUGGACUGGUUCAUGGGUGAGGCUGAGUAUCAGCACACGGUGUACGAAGACAAGAUUUCGUUCAUGAUUCAACAAUUUAUUGCCUUUAUUUAUCAAAUUUUGACUGAAAGACAAUAUUUCAAGACCUUUUCUUUAUUGAGAGAUAGGAGGAUGGACAUGAUUAAAAACUCAAUCAUGUACAACCUUUACAUGAAGCCUCUUUCAUAUUCGAAAUUACUAAAAUCAGUUCCUGAUUAUUUAACCGAUGACACUACUGAAUUUGAUGAAGCACUUGAAGAAGUUUCCGUGUUUGUUGAACCUAAGGGCUUGGCUGACAAUGGUGUUUUCAAAUUGAAAGCAGCCCUGUAUGCAAAAAUUGAUCCAUUAAAGUUGCUAAAUUUAGAAAACGAAUUUGAAAGCAGUGCCACCAUCAUUAAGACACAUUUGGCUAAAAACAAAGACGAGGUAUCUAAGGUUGUACUAAUACCUCAGGUUUCUACAAAAUUAUUAGACAAAGGUGCUAUGAAUUUGGGUGAGUUCACAAGAAAUACGGUAUUUGCCAAAGUGAUUUAUAAAUUACUACAAGUAUGCCUGGAUAUGGAGGAUAGCACUUUUCUUAAUGAAUUACUGCAUUUGGUCCAUGGUAUAUUCAAAGAUGACGAACUGAUAAACGGCAAGGACUCUAUACCGGAAGCUUAUUUGGCAAAACCCAUAUGCAACUUAUUAUUAAGUAUUGCGAAUGCUAAAUCGGAUAUAUUCUCCGAGAGUAUUGUCCGUAAAGCUGACUACUUGUUGGAGAAGAUGAUAAUGAAAAAACCAGAUGAAAUAUUCGAAUCACUGAUUGCAAGUUUUGGUAACCAAUAUAUCGAUAAUUAUAAAGACAAAAAACUAAGUCAAGGCGUUAACUUGCAGGAGACUGAAAAGGAACGUAAGAGAAGAAUGGCCAAAAAACACCAAGCGAGACUUUUGGCGAAAUUCAACAACCAACAAAGCAAGUUUAUGAAAGAGCAUGAAUCUGAAUUUGACGAGCAAGAUAACGAUGUUGAUAUGGACGGCGAAAAAGUAUAUGAAUCAGAAGAUUUCACCUGCGCACUUUGUCAAGAUUCUAGUUCUACCGAUUUCUUUGUAAUACCUGCAUACCACGACCAUACUCCAAUAUUUAGACCUGGUAAUAUUUUUAAUCCUAGGGAGUUUAUGGCCAAAUGGGACGGAUUCUACAAUGAUGAUGACAAACAGGCUUAUAUUGAUGACGAAGUCUUGGAGUCUUUGAAAGAAAAUGGCACCCGUGGAUCUAGGAAAGUGUUUGUAUCUUGCAAUCACCAUAUCCAUCAUAACUGUUUCAAAAGAUAUGUCCAAAAAAAGAGGUUUUCAUCGAACGCAUUUAUAUGUCCCUUGUGCCAGACCUUUUCGAACUGUACUUUGCCUAUUUGCCCAACUUCAAGGGCAAAUACUGGUUUAUCCCUUGACAUGUUCCUGAAGUCGGAAUUAUCUUUAGACAUACUUUCCAGAUUAUUCAAACCUUUUACUGAAGAUAACUAUCGUACCAUAAACUCCAUAUUUUCAUUGAUGGUAUCGCAAUGCCAAGGUUUUGAUAAAGUGGUAAGAAAACAUGUCAAUUUUACCCAUAAGGACGUUUCCUUGGUAUUAAGUGUUCAUUGGGCAAAUACAAUUUCAAUGCUGGAAGUUGCUUCUAGGUUAGAAAAGCCACACAAUAUUUCGUUUUUCAGAAGCAGAGAGCAGAAAUACAAGACUUUGAAAAACAUUCUAAUUUGCAUCAUGUUAUUUACUUUUGUCAUCGGAAAACCAAGUAUGGAGUUUGAACCAUAUCCAGUAGAAUCUGACAUAAUAUGUAACCAAAACCAGCUCUUCCAAUACAUCGUUCGCAAAUCUCUAUUCUCUCCAGCUUCUUUACGGGAAACGAUUACCGAGGCAUUGACUGUUUUCUGUAAGCAGUUUUUGGAUGAUUUUGUUCAAGGACUUUCUGAUGCAGAACAAGUGGAUAAACUGUAUACUGAAGCAAAAAAAUUAGGAGAUGUUUAUAAUGUAGACGAAAGUAUCCUCAUCACGUUAAUGAGCAUAACCGCUGUAAAAACGGAAGGGUUAGAAUCCAGGUCAAUUUACGAUUUAGCCUACACUUCAUUGUUGAAGAGCUUACUUCCUACAAUAAGACGAUGCUUGGUUAUGGUCAAAGUUUUGCACGAACUGGUGAAGGAUUCUGAAAAUGAGACAAUGGUUAUCGAUGGCUUUGAUGUUGAGGAAGAACUCGAAUUUGAAGGUCUCCCUGGGUUUGUUGAUAAAGCAUUGAAACUGAUUACUGAUAAAGAAUCAUUUGUUGAUCUCUUUAAAACGAAACAAGCAAUCGUUCCAUCACAUCCAUACUUGGAGAGAAUUCCCUAUGAGUACUGUGGUAUUGUAAAGUUGAUAGAUCUAUCUAAAUUUUUGAAUACUUACGUUACGCAGUCCAAGGAAAUCAAGCUGCGCGAAGAACGGUCCCAACAUAUGAAGAAUGCCGAUAAUAGGUUGGAUUUCAAGAUAUGUUUAACAUGUGGUGUCAAAGUGCAUUUAAGAGCAGACCGUCAUGAAAUGACCAAGCAUUUAAACAAGAAUUGCUUCAAGUCGUUCGGCGCCUUUCUUAUGCCUAAUUCAAGCGAAGUUUGUCUGCAUCUGACGCAGCCUCCUUCCAAUAUUUUUGUAUCUGCUCCAUAUCUAAAUUCGCACGGUGAGGUUGGUAGAAAUGCGAUGAGAAGGGGUGAUUUAACGACCCUAAACUUGAAAAGAUACGAGCACUUAAACAGAUUGUGGAUCAAUAACGAAAUUCCGGGAUAUAUCAGUAGAGUAAUGGGUGACGAAUUCCGAGUGACCAUACUUUCUAACGGAUUUUUAUUCGCAUUUAAUAGAGAACCAAGACCAAGAAGAGUGCCUCCAACAGACGAAGAUGAUGAGGACAUGGAAGAAGGGGAAGAAGGAUUUUUCACCGAAGAAAAUGAUGAUAUGGAUGUAGAUGACGAAACUGGUCAGGCGGCCAACUUAUUCGGCGUUGGAGCAGAAGGUAUUGGUGAUGGUGGAGUACGUAAUUUUUUCCAAUUUUUCGAGAACUUUAGAAACACACUUCAACCUCAGGGAAAUGAUGAUGAGGACGCACCUCAAAACCCGCCACCAAUAUUACAAUUUUUAGGGCCCCAGUUUGAUGGAGCGACUAUCAUAAGGAACACGAAUCAAAGAAAUCUUGAUGAAGAUGACUCUUCUGAGAACGAUGAUUCUGAUGAACGAGAGAUAUGGUAA